AUGAAGUUGGGCAAAGUGGAGUUCUGCCAUUUGUUGCAGAUAAUAGCUCUUUUCCUGUGUCUUUCUGGGAUGAAUCAAGCUGAACCCUCGAGGUCCAGGUCAAAGCCCUACUUUCAGUCUGGGAGGACAAGAACCAAACGCAGCUGGGUGUGGAAUCAGUUCUUUGUGCUGGAAGAAUACAUGGGCUCUGACCCACUCUAUGUAGGAAAGCUUCACUCUGAUGUUGAUAAAGGAGAUGGUUCCAUCAAAUACAUCUUGUCAGGCGAAGGGGCAAGUUCCAUUUUCAUUAUUGAUGAGAACACAGGGGAUAUUCACGCUACAAAGAGGCUGGAUCGAGAAGAGCAGGCCUACUACACGCUCCGAGCACAAGCACUAGAUAGGCUGACUAAUAAACCCGUGGAACCAGAAUCUGAGUUCGUCAUUAAGAUUCAGGACAUCAAUGACAAUGAGCCAAAAUUUCUGGAUGGUCCUUACACUGCUGGAGUUCCUGAGAUGUCUCCUGUGGGUACCUCUGUGGUUCAAGUGACAGCCACUGAUGCUGAUGAUCCUACUUAUGGCAAUAGUGCCCGAGUGGUUUACAGCAUAUUGCAAGGACAACCUUACUUUUCUGUGGAACCAAAGACAGGCAUUAUCAAAACUGCCCUUCCAAAUAUGGAUAGAGAAGCCAAGGACCAAUAUCUACUAGUUAUUCAAGCAAAGGACAUGGUUGGGCAAAAUGGUGGUUUAUCAGGAACAACAUCAGUAACUGUCACUCUGACUGACGUUAAUGACAACCCACCCCGCUUCCCACGACGAUCAUAUCAGUAUAAUGUCCCAGAAUCUUUACCUGUGGCAUCUGUAGUGGCCAGAAUAAAAGCUGCCGAUGCAGAUGUGGGACCCAAUGCUGAAAUGGAGUAUAAGAUUGUAGAUGGUGAUGGUUUGGGAGUAUUCAAAAUUUCUGUAGACAAAGACACCCAGGAGGGAAUCAUCACAAUUCAGAAGGAGUUGGAUUUUGAAGCUAAAACAAGCUAUACCCUGAGGAUAGAAGCAGCCAAUAUACAUGUUGAUCCUCGCUUCCUAAGUCUUGGGCCCUUCAGCGACAUGACAACAGUGAAGAUAAUCGUAGAAGAUGUUGAUGAGCCACCUGUGUUUACGUCACGUUUAUACUCCAUGGUGGUGUCUGAAGCAGCGAAAGUCGGCACUAUCAUUGGAACUGUUGCUGCCCAUGAUCCAGAUGUCUCAAAUAGUCCAGUCAGGUACUCAAUAGAUCGAAACACAGACCUCGAGAGGUAUUUCAAUAUUGAUGCCAACAGUGGAGUCAUUACAACUGCCAAGUCUUUGGACAGGGAAACUAAUGCCGUUCAUAACAUUACAGUCUUGGCUAUGGAGAGUCAGAAUCCAGUACAGAUUGGGAGAGGAUAUGUAGCCAUAACUAUCCUUGACAUCAAUGACAAUGCCCCUGAGUUUGCCAUGGAGUAUGAGACAACUGUCUGUGAAAAUGCUCAACCUGGCCAGAUCAUCCAGAAAAUCAGUGCCAUUGAUAAAGAUGACCCACCAAAUGGUCAUCAGUUCUACUUCAGUUUAACAGCAGAAGCAGCAAAUAACCAUAAUUUUACGCUUCAGGACAACAAAGAUAACACUGCAACUGUAUUAACGAGAAGAAAUGGUUUCCGGAGACAAGAACAGUCUGUUUUCUAUUUACCAAUAUUCAUUGUGGACAGCGGAUCACCUUCACUUAGUAGCACUAAUACUCUCACCAUAAGAGUCUGUGAUUGUGAUGCAGAUGGUAUUGCUCAGACAUGCAAUGCAGAGGCAUACAUCUUGCCUGCAGGACUUAGCACUGGAGCCCUGAUAGCAAUAUUGGCUUGUGUUUUAACACUGCUAGUUUUUUCUUAUAUUCUUGUCUUGCUGAUUGUCACCAUGAGGCGACGGAAAAAAGAACCCCUCAUUUUUGAUGAAGAGAGAGAUAUCAGAGAAAAUAUCGUCAGAUAUGAUGAUGAGGGUGGUGGAGAAGAAGACACUGAGGCUUUUGACAUGGCUGCCUUAAGAAACCUCAACAUCAUCCGAGACACCAAGACCAGGAGGGAUGUGACACCUGAGAUUCAGUUCUUGAGCAGACCGACUUUUAAAAGCAUCCCAGAUAAUGUAAUUUUUAGAGAAUUUAUCUGGGAGAGACUAAAAGAAGCUGACGUGGACCCUUGUGCACCACCCUAUGACUCCCUGCAGACAUAUGCAUUUGAGGGGAAUGGCUCGGUGGCAGAGUCUCUCAGCUCAUUAGAUUCGAUAAGCUCAAACUCUGACCAGAACUAUGAUUACCUCAGUGACUGGGGCCCUCGCUUUAAAAGGCUUGCAGAUAUGUAUGGGAGUGGUCCAGACUGCUUAUACUCAUAGCCUUGGAAUCUUUCUCUGAAAAUGCACUGAGGAAU